CGACUGUCUAGCUCAUUACAUAACUGUGUCUUGUGUUUUCGCUUUAUUUGUAGUGCGGGAAAGGACGGUUAAUGUAGGGGUUCAGUCGAUAAAAAAAUCAUGGCGUGUUGUUUUUCCGUACAUAAUAGCAAAGUAAUAUUAGUUACAAUCGACCAAAAAGAAUAGAGAUUGUAAGAACAUGGCUGGAAACCUGGAUGAUAUGUUUAGCAACAAGGAGACGUGUAACUGGUUUAAAGCUUCAAUCGCACUGAUCAUCACGAAACAAGGGCUAGAAAAGUUCGUUGACUCAGAAAUACAGAAACUGCACGCAAAUGUUGGAAGAGCCUGUGGAAAUUGCUUGACACAGAACUUAAUACAAUGCCCAACAUCUGGUGUAUGUAGAAACGCAAGAAGUUGUAGCUUCCACAAUGCACCAGGACUACUUCCCCGUCCUUGUCCUAUGAAAAUAUGUGAUCAAGUGAAACAAAAUAUCGCCUCACAUCACAGGUAUUCCAAUCCAUCUUGGAAGAAUACAAGAGCUGUGUUAUGGGCUGCCAACCACUGGGAGAUCGCCAAAUGCUAUCUUCCUCCGGACGGAUAUAUUGAUGUAGCGUCAGUACAGGGCACUGACUUCAAUGGCGUCAUAUGUGUUCUUCUUAACUGCACGCAUUUUGACACUUGUUUCUCCUUCAGUAUUGCACCACGUUCAAGUCCGGAAUGCAUUUUGACACAGGUUCGUCAGAUAGGCAGAGACGUUCGACACACUUCGACUUGUCGAGUCGCAGAUUCAGAUCUCCAGAACAUCUUUCUCACAUUACAAAGCCUAAUCUCGGAUCCAGUCAGCCUUGCAAACGACCCAAACGCAAGUUCAGCAAUAAAUAAACUCGGAAAAUUGAAGAAUAACACACAAUUUAUUAUAAAUCCAGACGAACUACUUGAACAUCUUAAAGAUGCGCACCAAAAUCUGGUUAAAAUAAAUGACAAAAGUGAAACACUUUCAAAGGAAAUGGACAUGGUUUUAGACGAGAUUGAUACCCAUAUGAAAGAAUGUAUUCAACGUAUUAAGGAGAGGGAACUGGAAGCAAGCGAGCGAAUUUCAAAAGAAGGCGAACAAGUUCUAACAAAGAUACAAUCUCAAACGUUGGUUAGUAUUACGAGUCUAGAUGAAAAGGCAACACUGCUUCAGGAACGCAUUGUCAAAGAGGCAAAGCAAGGAAUCGAGCAAUUGCGGAUAGAUUCUGCAAUGGCACACUACGACCAAGGCCUUGAAGAGCUACGUCGACGUCUUGUUCAGCACUACAACAAUACUCUUAAGCAUGUCGCUUUAUCGCCUUUAAAUCCAAGUUUCGAUAGUUCUACAACGUUGGAUAACCUGUAUGCUACCGCAAAAAUAUUCCGAAUCCGAAUGAAUAAGCCAACCUUGAAAAAACAUGACAACGUUAAAUCCAUUUUUCAGAAGAAAGAUGAGCAAGCCGAGAGAAAUGAAAUAAGUCUUUACAAGGAUCUUUUUGACACCAAUGGCAAGUUAAAUGGACGGAUAUUUUUAGAAGGUGACGCAGGUACUGGUAAAACAACGUUUGUUGCAAAGUUAGUGCUUGAUUGGUGUAAAGUGUUUCAGUUGUCAUGUAAAACUGAUGUAGAUGAAACCGAUUUUAAUGAUUUUGCAUCGCUGGCUAGAUUCAGUUUCGUCUUUCUCGUCACUUUGAGAGAUUCUAUCGGUGAGCGUGAAGUACCAAAGAUGAUUAAAGAACAAAUUAUCGAUAUGGUAUAUUUCGACGAUGACCGUGAAAAAGCCUACAUACUUCUUCAACGAAUAAUGGAAAGGGAAAAAUGUCCUGUCGUUCAAGAUGGCCUUGAUGAGUGGACGGCUAUGAAAGGAAAACUAGCCCAACCGUUGAUGGUGGGGUGCCACAACCAGUGCACCUUGUUAACAACAACACGGUCAUGGAAACUGGCAGACGAACGUAUACGAGACUCACAAAUUGACGGUUUAUUUCUAUUAGAUGGGGUAAAGGAUGUAUUUACCCUUUGUAGGAUGGUACCGAAAAAUUCAUAUUAUAUACAUGAUCUUUUUGAACAGAACGUAAAAUCGAAUAAACUUGAAGAAUUGUUGUCAGAGCCAUUGUUGCUGAAAAAAAUUGUUUCGUUAUGGGCGGAAGAUGAACGUGUUGACGGUUCAAUAUGCAAACUUUUUAGCAUUCUGCUAGAUGGUCUACUUAAGAAGGUCAGCGAUGAAGUAAGCUUCUUUCCAAAUCCACCAGUUUUAUGCUUUCAAAACACAAGAUACGUACAUCAAAAUAUUGAUCAUUUAGAUGCAAUUUCAAUGUUGGCAUUUUAUCUCUUGUUUUCUUUGGAAAAAGAGUUUUCCUUAGUGUUCACCGACAGACAAAUUGCAAGAUACGGGUUUGAGCCACACAAGACAUUUUCCCUGACGUCUGGACUUUUAACUGAAAGAAAACGGUCAGCCGUUGCUAUUACGUCAUCCACAUUUUCAUUCGCAAACAAGAGCAUGCAGGAAUUCUUAGCAGCAUAUUACAUCGUCCGAAAUAAAAACGUCAUUGAUGACGUCGUAUCCAAAUAUCUGGAUCACUUUCCCGAAGACUUGUUUAGUAUUUCACAGACAUUUGUAUUUGUUUGCGGACUAGACAUCCAGGCAGCAUAUGCGCUUUCUUGUUUGAUGGACGACCGCAUGACUACUGCUGAUUUCUAUACUUUUCAGGAUUUAAUUAUAGCUGGUUUCAUGGAGGCAAAGGAUAACAAUACUAAAGAUUUAAUUAAACUUAAAAUCAGUGAUAUUGAUUUGGACGCAAUUCUGCAUCCUUUGUUCAUGGAAAACGGUUUUCCUCCCUUAUUGAGCAUUUACAAAGGCAGCAAGUUUAUGCAGAUGCGUCAUUCAAUAGAAUGUCUCUUUGAUUUUAACAAAGCAAAUCUUAGAAGGUUAGAUAUUGGUGAUGUUUAUGUAACUGAAAUUGGCAAUCAUUUUCUAUCAGAAGAAUUGAACUUAACGGACAUUCUUUUAUCAUCUGCUCAUUGCCUAGAACACUUAGACAUAACGUUUAGAAAAAUUGUAUUGUCUUCGUCAACGAAUACAAAGACACCAAUUCGAAUGGAUGUAUUUGUAACUGACCCAAAAGUCAUAACAAAGCUACAGAAACUGAAAAUAUUUACUUUACGAUAUUCUAGUAGAAGUCUCGAUGCAACAGAUACAUUUCCGAUAGAAAUGUUAUUCCCGUGGACCAACCAAUCUGAAACAACGUUUCAUGAUAUCCAAUUUCCAUCGUCACUAGCGAAUGAAGACAUCGACUUGCCGUCAGCAAAAGCAUAUCAAGAAAUCAACUUGUCAUCUGUAACAGCUUUUCAAGAAAUCAACCUGCCAUCUGCAUUGGCAUGUCAUGAUACCAGCCUGCCAUCGUCAAUAGAAAACAUAACAUUAGCAAAAAUUACAGUUUCGGCUGUAUGGCUGAGUCUUUUGCUCAAGAAACUCUCCUUAUUUGAUCAUCAUGUUAACAUAACAUUGGAAGAAUGUUUCAUCCAAUCAGUCAACGCAGACGAACAAAAAGAUUUGGCAUCGGUUAAACAACGAGUUAGUGAAUCACAAACUUAUAUGUGUGUCAGUAAUGUUUUAAGUGUGAAUUCGUAUGGAGACAGUGAGGGUCUCUAUGACUCAUUGAUGGGCAUGAAUAUACAUCGCCUAUUUUUGUAUCAUAUCAACAAAUACGGUUAAUUAACAAACCUACUAGCAACGCUUAGUACAGUUCAAAAGCUACGAAUUACAUUUGACGAGUAUAUAGACAUUCCGAUACCGCGCUCUGUUAUUUUCGCAUAUUUUACAUAUUCCGUAUUAUCAUGUCAAGGUGUGAAAGCAUUGUUGCACAAAGUCAAUAGCAUGAAUCAACCUUUGGAAAUAAAGCUUGUUUUCGGUUAUGAUGACCGUGUGUUGGAUGAAUACAUGGCUUUAAAAGAGGAGAUCGGAAAAUCUAUAUAUUCGAGUAUUGCAUUAAAAUGCUUUGAUUUUUGUUCUGCACAUGACGUCCGACAUGAGGAAAACGAUGAUUGUGAUGAAGAUUGUGUAUUUUUAAGUCGUAUUGGAAUUAAAAGUAAAUGUUUUUAUGCACGAAUUAAGUGCGAUGUUUGACGCAAUUGUAAUACACGUGCCAACAUAAACAAUUUAUAUGCCAUGAUAAGUAUAUAAUGGACAGAUGUUUUCUUCAAUCAUUCAAUGCAUAAAUAUCAAGUGCAUUGACAGUGGAUGAACACAGAGGUAGCGAGACUAGCGACUCCUUAACAUAUUCACGAGUCGAUCAUGUUGUAGGCUUUAUGUCUUUCGAAAACAGAGAAGGUUUUUGUGAUGUAUUGGUGGUGUAUGAUAUCAACAAAUAGGCUUUCAAAACUUUGUUCUGAUGAAAAGUUACGACAAGUAACUUAAAAUUAUAUUGAAAUUCCGAAAGCAUGCUUUGGUACAUGUAUGUUUGUACAUUUUAAUACUCCAAAUUGUUAUUGCAUUGUGUAAAGGUACGUUUGCACAAAUUCACAUCACUUCAUAAACCUUUUAAUUCGAAUCUGGUGUUAGACUGUGACAAAAUAAUGGAAGGAGAAUACAACGCCUUAACUUAGGUGCUAGUUGAAGAUUAAAACAUCCAUUUAUAAAUGCAGAACUAAAGUUCAAUAGUUAACACAUGUUUGCGGAACCGUUGAACUAAAGCAGUCCCUGGGUCUGAUACAAACAUUCUACGUCACUAAGGACUAAGUUAAUAAAAUAUUAUAUAUUUAAAUGGUCAUAAUUCCUAUAUUACUUAUAAGUUUGAUUUUGAAACCUCUUUAAGUUGUUUUACUUUUGGAAAUUGGUUCUUUGUCAUAAAUAAGGACAGCAAGGUAUAAUAAGGUUAUUCGUAUGAUUAUUUCCGGUAUUGAGAGGCAGUCAGCGAUAGAAUUAAGUGUUAUUAUAUUAUCGAAACCUCUAUAAGCUGUAUCACUGUUAACCCUUUCAGUGCGGGGACCGAAUUUUGAAGGCCUUUGCAAACAGUUUGGAUCCAGAUGAGACGCCACAGAACGUGGCGUCUCAUCAGGAUCCAAACUGUUUGCGAUUCUGAUAGUAUUCUUUGAAAAAAAAAAUCGAAGAAAAUGCUUAUUUUAGAAAUUCAGCAGACGACAUUUUAGCAGACGACAAAUUUCCCAGCAUGCAAAGGGUUAGACAACGAUUAAUUCCUUGCCAUUAAAAGAUCUGCAACUUACAAUAAGGUGUCUGCACAUACUCGUGGGGAUUUCCCUAUAGUGUACAUAUCGUUUGUACAUCCAUGUGUUUUCGACUUAACAGUUGAGAAUUAUUUGUAAUUGUAAAGAACUCUUAUUACGUUAAUUGUCGGGUAUCACUCUCUCUGAACCUUUAUUCUAUUUUUUUCAUUCAUCAACGUUCUACAUUUAUUAAAACUGUGGAACGAUGAUCGUAUAUACUUGCUUAAAAUAAGACCAAGCAUACAUCCAUUUUUUUUGCGAUUUUACACGCUCUGAAUUCAAACAGCAGUCUGAAAACUACGAAUAAUUAGUAUAUCAAUUUGCAAUCGCUUAAUCGCUAGAUAGUGAUAUUAUAACUUUCAGUACGAACAAUUGAGUGUGAGCCUAUUCCUCUCAUGAUCUCUGUUUUAUUGAACUAUUAUUAGUGACAUUAAAUAAUAAAAUUUCAUCGUGUUUACAUUCCUGCCAUUACGAACAAAAUGGUCAAAGUGGUAUGUCUGUGCUGAGCACUAGCUUACUGUUAAAAGGGUUACAAAACAACAUAAUACAUCUAGCACGUCAAAAGAAUUAUUUGCAACAAAUAGAAUACACAGGUAUGUACACGCCAUUACCAUUCCCCUAUUACAAUGACUAUGUUGAUAUACCUUUUUAUAAUUUUUUUUUUCACUUAUAAUUUGGUUUUGAUUUGGAUGUUUUAUUUUUUAAACAUUUAAGAUGCGUAUGCUUAAGUUUUUGUUAUGAUCUUCAUUCCGUGUAUAUUGCAUUUUUCUGUGUAGUGCUUUCAAUUUUGACUUUACGAUAAAUACUGUUGUUAGAAAAACCUUGUUUGAUGCCUUGAUUAAAACACUUAAAGCAUUGUA